GACAGCCAGUCCACCCCCACUGGAGGGCUCUGGGGCCACCCAGAUUUCCAUCUUUUCCGCCUUCCUGGGCCUCUGGAGAGCUGCAGAGGUGGGGGCUCCCAGAGGGCUUGGGAGCUGCCGGGCUGCAUUUCUGUGCCCACCCAACCACGGGGAAAGGGGGGAUGGACCAGAGGAGGGAGGCUCUGGCAGGUUGGAAUUCUCCUUCUCUGCCUGUGGAUAAAUUGUCCCUAAUCCAGGCUUGGGGAGUUGUCUGGCUCCUACAGAGAGAGAGAGAGAGAGAGAGAGAGAGAGAGAGAAGGCAGGAGAUAGGAGGGAGGAGGGAACCAGGCACACAAACACAGUGACACAGACACACACUGUUUCACAAAGGGUCUCACAUGCAAUGCACAUGCACACAGACACGCACCGAGGAGUUACACAAAGGUACUGCACAAACACUGAGGCACUAUUGUGCUGACAGGCACACCAUGGCACACAGACCUUCACACACAUGUUGACACUGACACAUAGCUAUUUUGGCACACACAUACAGUGAUAUGGCACAAGGACCCACUGACACACACAAAGGCACCCAAUGACGAGGUUACACAACACACAUGAGUGGACACACGCACCAGCGCAUCCUGACCCACAGUAAAACAGACCCACGGGGACACCGUGACCAGACACACUGUCACACCAUGACCCUGAAAGCCCAGAAAAAGGCAGAGGUAGGAGGGAGGUAACACUGAUCCACAGUGACACCAGUGCCCGCAGUCACAGGCCUCAAGAUUGGAAACCUGCAGGGACAGCAGAAGAUCAGCCAAGCGCACCCCCCCCACACACACACACACACAUCCAGAGAGCUCUGAGACACCCCCCGCCCCCCACACACACAUCCAGAGAGCUCUGAGACAGGCAGAAGCCGGUUCAGCUCCUGACACAGCGCGAUGCAGAGAGCCAGGCAGAGCAUGUGCACACACACAGGCACACUCAAACCCAACCACAGCUGGGGUCAGGGUGCUCGCACAAAGGCGGACACACAUUUCUAUGUCCUCAUAGGCGUGCAAACAGGCUCAGCUGGACACACAAACAAAGCUGAAUAGAGCCGGAUCAACACAGCCACACAUAUAACUGAAGAUACUGAACCCAGGUACACAUCAGCCUUUCACACAUGCGCACAUACGCACACACACGCACACGCACACACACACACACACACACACACGGCUGACCACACAGACUAUAACUGAGCAAACCUAGGAUCCUAUGCGUGUACACUCUUAAACACAUAUGUAUACACACAGACAUUUAGAAACACACAGAGGCCAAAAAGACCCAGGAGCCCACAUACAGGUGUAUUUACCCAGACAGCUGAACAUUCACAAACGUUCAUUUACACAGGCACGAUCUCUACCACACAUACAAAUUCCCAGGCAACCAGAACCUGUAAGCAGUCCAUGAGGCCUGGUUCCCAGACCCCCUCUGGGCUCCAGUACAGACCUCGGGGAGGCAGACAAAUGGGCAGGAAGCAGGAGGGUGGUGAGAAGGGCCAUGGUUAUUAAAGAAAACAAGAGACCUAACCAAGUUGCUGAUGGAGAAGAGUACACGCCAGCUGCAUAUACACCCCGCGUGGAAAUCUGCAUUCACCAUCGCUUUGAACAGCAAUUCUCACACCUGCAUUAUAAAUGGGAGCUUGCCUACCUGUCUACCCAUUGGCCUGGACCCCAGAGCCUGCCCAGCUAAGUGCAUGCAGAGGGCCCCGGUUUCGGGGCAACUCUCAGGCUGCCGCAGGGACUACCCUGGAAUCACUGGUGAAGACAGGCCUUUCCUGCUGAGUCGGACCUUGUCUGCAUAGCCUGCUCAGGCGCUGUCCACGCCCCGAGGCCUGGGCUCAGGCCGAAGCUGCUCCCCAGCACCCCCAGCUGACAGCCAGCAACCGGCAGAGCCCCCAGGCACGGGGGCCCUCUCUCUCCCAGAGAUCUCCAGUGUGACAGCCCAGGCGGCAGAGCCGAGGGUCUUGGUCCCGGCUUCUCGCACCCUCAUGUCAGCCCCGGCCCCGCCCGGCGGCCCGCGGAGGACAAGGUCAGGAUGCGUGUGAAGCCCCAGGGCCUGGUGGUGACUUCCAGUGCCGUGUGCAGCUCUCCUGACUACCUCCGGGAGCCCAAGUACUACCCCGGCGGCCCCCCUACCCCACGGCCCUUGCUUCCUACCCGGCCCCCUGCCAGCCCACCCGACAAGGCCUUCGCCCACACCUUCUCCGAGAACCCACGCCCACCCCCACGCCGGGACCCCAGCACCCGGCGCCCACCAGUCCUUGCCAAGGGGGACGACCCGCUGCCCCCAAGGGCGGCCCGUCCCGUCUCACAGGCCCGCUGCCCCACACCCGCGGGAGACGGCAACAGCUCCCGACGUCGCUGGGACAACGGGCGGGUGAACCUGCGUCCAGUGGUGCAGCUGAUUGACAUCAUGAAGGACCUGACGCGACUCUCCCAAGACCUGCAGCAUAGCGGUGUGCACCUGGACUGCGGUGGCCUCCGACUCAGCCGCCCACCUGCCCCGCCCCCUGGUGACCUUCAGUACAGCUUCUUCUCCUCACCCAGCCUGGCCAACAGCAUCCGCAGCCCUGAGGAGCGGGCCACCCCCCAUGCUAAGUCCGAGAGGCCCAGCCACCCACUCUAUGAGCCUGAGCCCGAGCCUAGGGACAGCCCCCAGCCUGGUCAAGGCCAUAGUCCCGGAGCCACAGCCGCGGCCACCGGUCUGCCCCCAGAGCCUGAGCCAGACGGCCCUGAUUACUCAGAACUUGCUGACGCUGACAUCCUUAGCGAGCUGGCCUCCCUAACUUGCCCCGAGGCCCAGCUGCUGGAGGCCCAGGCCCUUGAGCCACCAUCUCCUGAGCCAGAGCCUCAGCUCCUGGACCCCCAGCCCCGCUUCCUGGACCCACAGGCUCUAGAGCCGCUCGGGGAAGCUUUGGAGCUGCCACCCCUGCAACCUCUUGCUGAUCCUCUGGGGCUGCCAGGCCUGGCUCUCCAGGCCCUGGAUACCCUGCCCGACUCCCUGGAGUCGCAGCUGCUUGACCCUCAGGCACUUGACCCCCUGCCCAAGUUGCUUGAUGUCCCUGGCCGCCGUCUGGAGCCUCAGCAGCCCCUGGGGCCCUGCCCACUGGCUGAGCCCUUGCGCCUGGACUUGUGCUCACCCCACGGCCCCCAUGGGCCCGAGGGUCACCCCAAGUACGCCUUGCGGCGCACUGAUAGGCCAAAGAUCCUGUGUCGCCGGCGGAAAGCCGGACGGGGACGCAAGGCAGACGCUGGACCAGAGGGCCGCCUGCUGCCCCUGCCUAUGCCCACAGGGCUGGCAGCUGCCCUGGCCGAGCCCCCGCCGCCGCCGCCUCCACCACCUCCUGCCCUGCCGGGCCCAGGCCCAGUCCCAGAGCUGGAGCCAGAAUCUUCCCAGACUCCAGUAGCCCCUACCCGCAAAGGCAAGUGCCGGGGUGUGCGGCGCAUGGUGGUGAAGAUGGCCAAAAUCCCUGUAUCACUGGGGCGGCGGAACAAGACCACAUACAAGGUGUCAUCCUUGAGCAGCAGCCUCAGUGUGGAGGGCAAGGAGCUGGGCCUGCGCGUGUCAGCCGAGCCCACCCCGCUGCUGAAGAUGAAGAACAAUGGACGGAACGUGGUGGUGGUCUUCCCGCCCGGGGAGAUGCCCAUUAUUCUUAAGCGUAAACGCGGCCGCCCUCCUAAGAACCUGCUUCUGGGUCCCGGCAAGCCCAAGGAGCCAGCGGUGGUAGCGGCUGAAGCGGCCACCGUGGCAGCGGCCACCAUGGCCAUGCCAGAGGUGAAGAAACGGCGGCGGCGGAAGCAGAAGCUGGCAUCUCCCCAGCCAUCCUACGCAGCAGACGCCAAUGACAGUAAGGCCGAGUACUCUGACGUCCUCGCCAAGCUGGCCUUCCUGAACCGCCAGAGCCAGUGUGCUGGGCGGUGCUCACCCCCCCGCUGCUGGACACCCAGCGAGCCCGAGUCGGUACACCAGGCACCCGACACCCAGAGCAUCUCCCACUUCCUGCACCGUGUGCAGGGCUUCCGACGGCGUGGUGGUAAAGCAGGCGGUUUUGGUGGCCGGGGUGGGGGCCAUGCAGCCAAGGCAGCCCGAUGCUCCUUCAGUGACUUCUUCGAGGGCAUCGGCAAGAAAAAGAAAGUGGUGGCAGUGACAGCUGCUGGCGUUGGGGGUCCCAGCCUCACCGAAUUGGGGCACCCACGCAAACGGGGCCGGGGGGAGGUGGACGCCAUGACUGGGAAGCCCAAGCGCAAGAGGCGGUCCCGGAAGAACGGGACUCUGUUCCCAGAACAGGUGCCUAGUGGCCCAGGCUUUGGGGAGGCAGGCGCCGAGUGGGCCGGGGACAAGGGUGGCGGCUGGGCCCCUCACCAUGGGCACCCAGGCGGGCAAGCCGGCCGAAACUGUGGGUUCCAGGGGACCGAGGCCCAGGCCUUUGCCUCCACUGGACUAGAGAGUGGGGCUUCAGGCCGCGGCAGCUACUACAGCACAGGUGCACCUGCAGGUCAGACCGAGCUCAGCCAGGAGCGCCAAAACCUCUUCACCGGCUAUUUUCGCUCACUGCUCGACUCGGAUGACUCCUCCGACCUCUUAGACUUUGCCCUCUCAGCCUCUCGCCCCGAGUCCCGGAAGGCAUCAGGCACCUACGCAGGGCCCCCCACCAGCACCCUGCCCUCCCAGCGGGGCCUGGCCACCUUCCCCAGCCGGGGAGCCAAGGCCAGCCCAGUGGCUGUGGGCAGCAGCGGGGCUGGUGCGGACCCCUCCUUCCAGCCCGUCUUGCCCUCUCGCCAGACCUUCCCACCAGGCCGGGCAGCGAGCUAUGGGAUAACCCCGGCCACUUCAGACUGCCGGGCAGCCGAGACCUUCCCGAAACUGGCUCCCCCACCUUCAGCUGUGGCCCGCUCACCUACCACCCACCCACCCACCAACACCUACCCACCCCAAUAUGGUGGCUACGGGGCCGGACAAAGCGUUUUUGCCCCGGCUAAGCCCUUUACGGGCCAGGACUGUGCUAACAGCAAGGACUGCAGCUUCGCCUACGGCAGCGGCAACAGCCUGCCUGCCUCUCCCAGCAGCGCCCACAGCGCCGGCUACGCCCCACCGCCUACUGGUGGCCCCUGCCUGCCACCCAGCAAGGCCUCCUUCUUCAACAGCUCUGAGGGGGCCCCCUUCUCUGGCUCAGCCCCCACACCCCUGCGCUGUGACAGCCGGGCCAGCACCGUCUCACCCGGCGGCUACAUGGUACCCAAGGGCACCACCGCCUCUGCCACCUCUGCUGCCUCUGCCGCCUCCUCCUCCUCCUCCUCCUUCCAGCCCUCGCCUGAAAACUGUCGGCAGUUUGCGGGGGCUUCUCAGUGGCCUUUCCGGCAGGGCUAUGGAGGCCUGGACUGGGCCUCGGAGGCCUUCAGUCAGCUCUACAAUCCCGGUUUCGACUGCCACGUCAGCGAGCCCAACGUGAUCCUGGACAUCUCCAACUACACGCCGCAGAAGGUGAAGCAGCAGACAGCCGUGUCCGAGACCUUCUCCGAAUCAUCCUCCGACAGCACCCAGUUCAAUCAACCGGUCGGCGGCGGUUUUCGGCGUGCCAACAGCGAGGCCUCGAGCAGCGAGGGCCAGUCGAGCCUGUCCAGCCUGGAGAAACUAAUGAUGGACUGGAAUGAGGCGUCCUCUGCCCCCGGCUACAACUGGAACCAGAGCGUCCUCUUCCAGAGCAGCUCCAAGCCGGGCCGUGGACGGCGGAAGAAGGUGGACCUGUUCGAGGCCUCACAUCUGGGCUUUCCAUCGUCCGCCUCGGCCACUGCCUCAGGCUACCCGUCCAAACGGAGCACCGGGCCCCGGCAACCACGAGGUGGACGGGGUGGUGGGGCCUGCUCAGCCAAGAAGGAGCGAGGCGGUGCAGCAGCCAAAGCCAAGUUCAUCCCCAAGCCGCAGCCAGUCAACCCCCUGUUCCAGGACAGCCCGGACCUUGGCCUGGACUACUACAGUGGAGACAGCAGCAUGUCGCCACUGCCGUCCCAGUCAAGGGCCUUUGGUGUGGGUGAGCGAGACCCUUGUGACUUCAUGGGACCCUACUCCAUGAACCCGUCCACCCCUUCUGACGGCACCUUCGGCCAAGGCUUCCACUGCGACUCGCCCAGCCUGGGUGCUCCUGAGUUAGACGGCAAGCAUUUCCCGCCUCUGGCCCACCCACCCACGGUGUUUGAUGCUGGCCUGCAGAAGGCGUACUCACCCACCUGCUCACCCACACUGGGCUUCAAGGAGGAGCUGCGGCCGCCACCCACAAAGCUGGCUGCCUGCGAGCCCCUCAAGCACGGGCUCCAGGGGGCCAGCCUGGGCCACGCAGCUGCAGCCCAGGCCCAUCUUAGCUGUCGGGACCUGCCACUGGGCCAGCCCCACUAUGACUCCCCCAGCUGCAAGGGCACAGCUUACUGGUACCCGCCAGGCUCAGCUGCCCGCAGCCCACCCUAUGAAGGGAAGGUGGGUACGGGGCUGCUGGCUGACUUCCUGGGCAGGACGGAGGCCGCGUGCCUCAGUGCCCCACACCUGGCUAGCCCGCCGGCCACGCCCAAGGCCGACAAGGAGCCACUGGAGAUGGCCCGGCCGCCUGGCCCACCCCGUGGCCCCGCUGCUGCCGCUGCUGGCUAUGGCUGCCCACUCCUUAGUGACUUGACCCUGUCCCCUGUGCCGAGGGACUCGCUGCUGCCCCUGCAGGAUACCGCCUACAGGUAUCCAGGCUUUAUGCCGCAGGCGCAUCCCGGCCUGGGUGGGGGCCCCAAGAGCGGCUUCCUGGGGCCCGUGGCGGAACCUCACCCUGAGGACACAUUCACCGUCACCUCCCUGUAGUGCCAACUGAAGUGCCGACUGGACCUCGAGGUUUUGUUCCUGGCUUUCAGAAAACCAACGCCAAGACCCCUCCCAGCGUCCACAUUGUCCUCUGGCAGGAGCGCCUGCCCCUCUGCCUCCCGCCCCACCCCCCCCCCCCGGUACCCCUUGCACUCCCACCUCCCCCCACCUCUCCCUGCCCAUCUCCUCCACGCAGAAGCCGAAGGUGAGCCCUUUCUGCACAAAACCAGCAAUUGUAAAUACUUUUUAAAAAUGUACAAAACUUAAAAACAAAACACAGUUUUAGAAAAAGACAAAAAAAAAAGAGAGAGAGAGAGAGAGCGAGCGUGUGCAAGAGGUUGCGAGCGGGGCCCCGAGGUGUCCAGAGCCCCUGCAAGUAUGCACUGAGAAAUUUAUCUACAGGUCGUUUGACAAAAAUGAACAAUAUCCUAUUUAUUGUAUAUACUGUUUUAUUAUAAAUCGUGGAUUGUAUAUUGCAUUCUGUAAA